AUGUAUAUUUUAGAUGAAAACGAUAAUCCACCAGUAUUUCAAAAAUCUGAAUUUCAUAUUGAAGUGAAUGAAAACAAGGCUGGUGUACCGUUACUCAAUAUUCGUGUAAAUGAUUCUGAUAUUGAUUCUAAUGCAAGACUAAGUUAUUUUCUACGUCCAGUAAGUGGAAUAAAUCAAGUUAAUCCAGAGUAUCUACGGAAUCAUAUACAACUAUUACCAUCUGUUGAAGGUGUCAGUUUAAGAAUAAGUCAACCAUUAGACUAUGAAGUACAAUCACAGUUAAUCUUCGAAGUUGUAUGCGUUGAUCAAGGUCAACCAGCGUUGUCUGCUUCAACUUUAAUUAAACUUACAGUUUUAAAUAUGAAUGAUAAUCCACCGAUAAUUAAAUUUUAUCACCAUGGACAACCGUUAGAUUCAAAUUAUGCUCAAAUUAGUGUUUAUGAAAACGAAUUUAAUAAUCAAUCUACAGAAAGUCAAAUAUUAUGCCAUGUUCAUGUUACAGAUUUAGACGAUGAUUUAAACAAUAUUCAAUGUUCACUAGAAGGAAAUAAAAACAAACAAUUUGAGCUAAGAGAAGUGACAACAAACAGACUUGUACAAAAACGUAAAAUAUUUGAAUUAAUCACAAUAAUCUCUUUAGAUAGAGAAAGUAUACCUCAACAUACACUGGUAAUUCGAUGUCAGGACGGUACAUCAGAAUCUAGUUUGGUUGGACGUAAUCAGUUACAAAUUAUUGUAAAAGAUCGUAAUGACAAUGCACCGAAAUUCACACAGGAACAUUAUAGAGGACAUGUUAAAGAAAAUGCUGCAAAUACGUAUGUUAUGCUAAUGAAUUUAAACUCUGAGCCCCUGAUAAACACAGUUCGAAAUGCAAUACACGCUACAGAUUUAGACACUGGUUUAAAUGGACAAAUUACUUAUUCUUUAGAGCCGUUAUACAUUUCUAAUCAAGUUACAUCUGUUCAGAAUUAUACUGAUAAGCAUAAAGAAGAUUCAUUGUUAUUCGGUAAAGGCCAAGCUCAGCAGAACGCAAAAAUAGAUGCUGCGAAAUCGAUAGACAAUUCCACUGACGAUACAGAACAGUAUUUGAAAAAUAAAGGUCCUGUACAUGAUACACGAAAAGAUGUUGAAAGCUUUUAUAUAGACCCGAUAAAUGGUCAGUUAAGAACACGUGUUGAAUUAGAUUGUGAACAACAAAAUGUUUAUUACUUUACUGUAGUGGCAACAGAUCAGGCUAUACCACCGGAUAAACGACACACAGCCACAGCACUUGUGACUGUUACAGUAAGUUUAUUUAAUACUAAUUUCGCAUACUUUUACUUAGUGUAA